AUGAGUAUACAGGGUAUACAGGGUAUACAGGGUAUACAAGGUAUACAGGGUAUACAGGGUAUACAGGGUAUACAGGGUAUACUGGGAGUACAUGGGUAUACAUGGAUAUACAGGGUAUACAGGGUAUACAAAGUACACAAGGUAUACAUGGCUAUACAGGGUAUACAUGGGUAUACAGGGUAUACUGGGAGUACAUGGGUAUACAGGGGUAUACAGGGUAUACAGGGUAUACAAGGUAUACAAGGUAUACAAGGUAUACAGGGUAUACAGGGUAUACAUGGGUAUAGAGGGUAUACAUAAGUAUACAGGGUAUACAGGGUAUACAUGGGUAUACAGGGGUAUACAGGGGUAUACAGGGUAUACAGGGUAUACAAGGUAUACAUGGGUAUACAGGGUAUACAUGAGUAUACAAGGUAUACAUGGGUAUACAGGGUAUACAUGGGUAUACAGGGUAUACAGGGUAUACAAGGUAUACAUGGGUAUACAGGGUAUACUGGGAGUACAUGGGUAUACAGGGGUAUACAGGGUAUACAGGGUAUACAGGGUAUACAAGGUAUACAAGGUAUACAGGGUAUACAGGGUAUACAUGGGUAUACAGGGUAUACAUAAGUAUACAGAGGUAUACAGGGUAUACAGGGUAUACAGGGUAUACAUGGGUAUACAGGGUAUACAUGAGUAUACAAGGUAUACAGGGUAUACAUGGGGAUACAGGGUAUACUGGGAGUACAUGGGUAUACAGGGGUAUACAGGGUAUACAGGGUAUACAGGGUAUACAUGGGUAUACAGGGUAUACAUGAGUAUACAAGGUAUACAGGGUAUACAUGGGUAUACAGGGUAUACUGGGAGUACAUGGGUAUACAGGGUAUACAGGGUAUACAUGGGUAUACAGGGUAUACAUGAGUAUACAAGGUAUACAUGCGUAUACAGGGUAUACAAGGUAUACAUGAGUAUACAGGGUAUACAUGAGUAUACAAGGUAUACAUGGGUAUACAGGGUAUACAAGGUAUACAUGAGUAUACAGGGUAUACAUGAGUAUACAAGGUAUACAUGGGUAUACAGGGUAUACAUGGGUAUACAGGGUAUACAUGAGUAUACAGGGGUAUACAGGGUAUACAGGGUAUACAGGGUAUACAUGGGUAUACAUGGGUAUACAGGGUAUACAAGGUAUACAAGGUAUACAUGGGUAUACAAGGUAUACAUGGGUAUACAAGGUAUACAAGGUAUACAUGGGUAUACAGGCUAUACAUGGGUAUACAGGGUAUACAGGGUAUACAUGGGUAUCCAGGGUAUACAUGAGUAUACAGGGGUAUACAGGGUAUACAGGGUAUACAAGGUAUACAAGGUAUACAGGGUAUACAGGGUAUACAGGGUAUACAUGGGUAUACAGGGUAUACAUGAGUAUACAGGGUAAACAGGGUAUACAUGGGUAUGGGUAUACAGGGGUAUACAGGGUAUACAGGGUAUACAGGGUAUACAGGGUAUACAUGGGUAUACAGGGUAUACAUGGGUAUACAGGGUAUACUAUACAUGGGUAUACAGGGGUAUACAGGGUAUACAAGGCAUACAAGGGUAUACAGGGUAUACAGGGUAUACAUGGGUAUACAGGGCAUACAUAAGUAUACAUGGGGGUAUACAUGGUAUACAGGGUACAGGGUACAGGGCAUACAGGGUAUACAGGGUAUACAGGGGUAUACAUGGGUAUACAGGGUAUACAUGGGUAUACAAGGUAUACAGGGUAUACAGGGUAUACAAGGGUAUACAGGGUAUACAGGGCAUACAGGGUAUACAGGGUGGGAGUACAUGGGCAUACAGGGUAUACAUGGGGUAUACAGGGUAUACAGGGUAUACAUGGGUAUACAGGGUACAUGGGUAUACAGGGUAUACAGGGGGAGUACAGGGUAUACAAGGUAUACAGGGUAUACAGGGUAUACAAGGGUAUACAGGGUAUACAUGGGUAUACAUGGGUAUACAGGGUAUACAGGGUAUACAGGGUAUACAGGGUAUACAUGGGUAUACAGGGUAUACAGGGUAUACAAGGUAUACAUGGGUAUACAGGAGGGCAUACAGGGUAUACAGGGUAUACAGGGUAUAAAGGGCAUGGGUAUACAGGGUAUACAGGGAGUACAUGGGUAUACAGGGGUAUACAGGGUAUACAGGGUAUACAGGGUAUACAUGGGUAUACAAGGGUAUACAGGGUAUACAGGGUAUACAGGGUAUACAUGGGUAUACAGGGUAUACAUAAGGUAUACAUGGGUAUACAGGGUAUACAGGGUAUACAGGGUAUACAGGGUAUACAUGGGUAUACAGGGUAUACAUGGGUAUACAAAGGUAUACAUGGUAUACAUACAGGGUAUACAUGGGUAUACAUGGUAUACAGGGGUAUACAGGGUAUACAGGGUAUACAGGGUAUACAUGGGUAUACAGGGUAUACAUGAGUAUACAAGGUAUACAUGCGUAUACAGGGUAUACAAGGUAUACAUGAGUAUACAGGGUAUACACGAGUAUACAAGGUAUACAUGGGUAUACAUGGUAUACAAGGUAUACAUGAGUAUACAGGGUAUACAUGAGUAUACAAGGUAUACAUGGGUAUACAGGGUAUACAUGGGUAUACAGGGUAUACAGGGUAUACAUGGGUAUACAGGGGUAUACAGGGUAUACAGGGUAUACAUGGUAUACAAGGUGUACAUGGG